GGCCCGCGCGCCCUGGCGGGGCCCGGCGGGCGGUGGGCGGGGCCGCUGCUCGCGCGGCGGAGAGCGGCGCGCCCCCUCCCCCAGAUGCUGCAAAUGUUUUAGUGGUCAGUACUGAGAAAUCUGCAAAAGAAGAUGAUCCCGGCAUGAUUUUUUUCUUCAGGGAAGGGGCUGUUGUAUUUUGGAAUGUGGAAGAGAAAAGUAUGAAGACUAUCAUGCGAGUGCUAGAGCAGCAUGAAAUUCAGCCCUAUGAAGUUGCACUGGUCCAUUGGGAGAAUGAAGAGCUGAACUAUAGAAUAGGAGAAGGUCAGUCAAAGCUCCAUAAAGGACAAAUCUUGUUAAAUUCUGAGCUGGAUAGUGAUGAAGUUGUUCUGCAGAAGUUUGCCUUUUCAAAUGCUCUUUGUCUUUCUGUAAAGCUGGCUAUUUGGGAAUCAUUACUGGAUAACUUUGUGGAAUCUAUCCAGUCAAUUCCUGAGAUUCUAAAGUCACGAAGGAAGAUAAAACUCUCUCAUGCAGAUGUGAUGCAGAAAAUUGGAGAACUCUUCGCACUAAGACACCGUAUAAAUCUGAGCUCAGACCUGCUAAUAACACCAGACUUCUACUGGGAUAGAGAAAAACUAGAAGAGCUUUAUGACAAGACUUGCCAGUUUCUCAACAUUAAUCGCAGAGUUAAGGUAAUGAAUGAAAAGUUGCAGCACUGCAUGGAGCUGACAGACCUAAUGCGAAAUCACCUGAAUGAAAAGCACGCGCUGCGCCUUGAGUGGAUGAUAGUAAUACUAAUCACCAUAGAGGUUCUGUUUGAACUUGCAAGGGUAGUUUUCUGAUGACAGAACAAACCCAGGAAGAAGAAAACAGACAAAACAAUAGAGAACGCAAGGCUUGAAAAAUUCCUUGGAAAAUACGCUUCUGGAGAAUCAUGAAAUUGUGUCUCUUGAUAAAUCUCUAAAUCUUCUACUCAAAUAAAAAAAUUUAAAUCAG